ACGUCCGUAGAGGGGGGUGUUCCGCGCAUUACCGCUGGUGUUUACAUCCGAACCAGAAGUGCUUAAGUAACUCCAACAUGUCCGCGUCUAUAGCACGGGCGACGGUGAGGGCGGUCAGCAGACGGAAAAUACUGCCAACGAGAGCCGCUUUAAUGCUGACGCCGUCGGCCGUGAAUAAAGUCAAACAACUUUUACAGAAUAAACCAGAUUAUAUCGGCCUGAAGGUUGGAGUUCGAACCAGAGGUUGCAAUGGCCUCACUUACACACUAAACUAUACUAAAGAGAAAGACAAAUCAGACGAGGAGGUGUUACAAGAUGACGUGAGAGUGUUCAUAGAGAAGAAGGCUCAGCUGACGCUGCUCGGCACAGAGAUGGAUUUCGUCGAAACCAAACUUUCCAGCGAGUUCGUGUUCAACAAUCCCAACAUCAAAGGCACGUGCGGCUGCGGGGAGAGCUUCAACAUAUGAACAUCUUUGGCUUCACCUAGAGCUCGAGCCCUCCAGGACCUCCAGUAGAUCCUAGAUCCAAACAUCCAUCUUGAAGAGUUGUGGGUAGCGAGCCGUUGGAAGAGACUGAUGUUUAGUGGCCUGUUUCCUGUGCUGCCACCAGAAGCCCUGCGUACAGACACACUGUUAGAGGAUCAUUAACCGGUUUCAUUUGUUCACUUCACACUUUAUUGAGCAGCUUGAUGCGUAUGCCACUCAGAGUUACACUCCAUGUUAGUGCUUAGAGAGUAAUAAAUAGUUUGGGUUGCUCUGAUAUGUGUUCAUAUUUGAUAAUCCAGUGAAUAUGAGGAUUAUCCUGAUGAGCCGAACCUGCUGGAUGUCAUAACACGUCCUCCUCCUCACAGUAAUCUGCAGUCGCUUCCUCGUGGCUAUUUUGCGCACAUUUGGUGCAAAUCUAUAACCAUCUACAUAAUAGUAAAAGAUUUCCCUGAUGUUAAGUGAUUGGUUAUUAACUUUGCACUUUCCGCAUGCCACUUGUUGUCAUUUAAUCAUGUAAUAAGACGCAGCACAGGAACUGAUGCCAAGUUUUGAAAUGCAGUUGUACAUAACAAUGUAAACCCUCCGACUGUCUUUUAACGCACAAAUAAACCUCCAUUCUACUCAA